UGAAUAUUCAAAAAUCAACGUUGGAGGCCAAGUUGACUCGUUAAAUAUUGGCUGCAUCUCUGUUUAUAACAUAGUUUUUCGACGCAUCUUCUUCUACUCUUCCCCUCCAAUAAAAACGUUACCUCAUCUCAUAUGUCCCGGCGGCUUAAGACCACUUGCUCACAUACCAACAAGUCUUGUUUGACAGUUUGCUGAUGAGGUCAAUGUCUGCUUAGAUAUAUAUCCAAAUUGGUUGGAAGUCUGCAGCUCAUAUUAUUUACUAUUAUGGCAAAGAAUAUGACCACAAUUAUUUCUGCGUUGCUUCUUCUCGCGAGCCUGCGAGUGGGCGAUGGCCGUCUGAUUAGAGAGGUCCUGGGCGCGACCGAGACGUGCGAGCCCACGUAUGGAUUCUUGCCAUGCUCCAGCAACGUGUGGGGGCUGCUGUUUCUGGUCAUCGUGUUUGAAAUUCUCCUUACCUUCGCCGGCCGGUAUGUAGGGAUGGGAUCCGACCUCUUUUUCCGUACUACCGGACCGGGCAUCAUUGGGGGAAGCGUGUUUCAGUUUCUUGGCACAAUCCCACAGAUUAUCAUGGUUCUUGCCCUUCGUCGACAAGUACUGGCUACUAUACAUCCGGAUGGCCUCAUCUCGGACCAUGUGCUCGUUCUGGCCACUCGUCAUCUGAUAUGGGGCAUCUCCGUUAUCCUUGCUAGCUACGAUCGCUCCGUUUCUCCCACCAUCGACAAAUCCGGAAGCCAGAAAACCACACCAAAAGGUUAUGGCAUUGUAACGGAUGUUGAGACGAGCUACACUGCUCGGAUAAUGCUGAUACCCUUGAUUCCUUUCCUCAUUAUUUUGGUAGCAGAGGCUUUCAGUUCGUCAUCAGUGAAGAGAGUGUUUCUUCUCAUUGCACUCAUUGUCUCAGUCAUGUUGCUUUUCGGCUUCAUUUUGUACCAGUCGUUCCGGCCUUGGAUUCAGGCCCGUAGAUUUGAGUAUUUGAUGAGUAAGUAUGCAAAGGACAAGCUGUUGAGGCUCUUAUCCAGCAAUGGCAGUCCCGAUGCUACAAAAAUACAACGCCUGUUUUCCCAAAUCGACAAGGACAGAAGCACGUCCGUAUCAGCAGCAGAACUCCGAGUUCUGCUCUUAGGUGUGAGGAUGGAUGAAGGUGACUUCAGCACAGACAGGGACGUCGAGAACAUCUUGGAGUCCUUCGAUACCACUGGAGACGGACGUAUCAACAGGGAAGAAUUCGUCGAAGGGAUGACCAAAUUACUCGACGAGCUAGCCAAAGAGAGGCUAGACCGCAUUAAAAAGAAUAGAGACAGUGAUCCAUUACAACAGGGCUUGUUGGGCGACAGCGACAGCACGAACGAAAGGAGUGGCCAAAGUGAUCUAACCACUUGGCUGAACUAUCUAAAAGCUCUUUCCUUAAUAAUUCUCGGGAUCGCAUUGAUGUUGGCUUUUGCAGAGCCACUGAUCACCAGUGUCGUGGGAUUCGCCACAGCUGCGAAUCUGCCUGAUUUCUUCGUCCCGUACUUCGCCAUACCCUUAGCCACGAACUACCGAGUCGCAGUUCAAGCGUUCACUUCAUCUCCGAGGAAAACACAGAACUCCAUUUCUUUGACACUCUCUGCACUUUACAGCGGUGUGUAUAUGAGGAAUGUGGUGAGCUUGAUCGUGUUCCUCGCCCCGGUUUAUGCUCUGAAUCUGUCCUCAGAUGUGCUUGUGGAGGUUCUAGUGGUCACCGUGAUGAACGCGGGGAUGGCAGCUCUCACGGGCUUCCGGACCUCGUUCCCUCGCUGGUUGGGCUAUGUCGUCGUGCUGUUGUAUCCGGUCACUCUGGCGGUGACCUAUCUACUCACUGAUGUUCUAGGAUUGCCAUAGGGAGGCUGUGGCUAGUGAUAUAUUUAAGAGAUGUGUAUUUUACUUAAUAGUUUUUAUAUUUUGUUUCUUCAUUGUAGCAAUAUGUUAUUAGUGUCACUAAGUAGAAAACAUUCUAUAUUUGAUAUGCAUUGGAUAGCAUCAAUGCUUAUUUAAAAGCAUCAAUAAUGGUUCUCCGCUUAUGAUUACUCAAACCUUCAAUCUAUUGAUUGGAAGAGAAAUGUAUAAACCAAUUAAGUUGCACUUCA